AUGAUGAUGAUGAUGCAACAAGCGCAACAGCAGUACCACCAACAAAGGUUCGCGCACACGUGCGCGCGAAAUGAGAGGAGGAAUACCGUGAGGAGAUUUUCUUCUUCUCAGCGACGAAGACAACAACGAGUUAAAGUCUCGGUCUCGAUCGAAAGCAGCGCGAAAAAAGCCUUCUUUUUCCCCGGUCAAGGCGCACAAAACGUCGGCAUGGCGAAAGAGUUGUGCGAAACCUCCCCGGAGGCGAAAAAAAUGUUCGACACGGCGAAGGACAUUUUAGGGUACGAUUUACUCGACGUGUGCGUGAACGGACCGGCGGAAAGAUUGAACUCGACGGAAGUGUCGCAACCGGCGAUUUACGUGUCCUCGAUGGCGGCUUUGGAAAAGAUGAAAUCAACCGCGGAAGGGCAAGCGGAUAUCGACGCCGUGGACGUGUGCGCGGGAUUGAGUUUAGGCGAAUACACGGCGUUGGCGUUCGCCGGGGCGUUUUCUUUUGAAGAUGGGUUGAAGCUGGUGAAAUUGAGAGGCGAAGCCAUGCAAGCGGCGGCGGAUGCGCAGCCGAGCAGCAUGGCGGCGAUUAUUGGGUUGAGUUCGGACAAGUGCGAGGAGUUGUGUAAAGUGGCGAGCGAGCAAAGCGGGAAAGACGUGCGAGUGGCAAACUAUUUGUGCAACGGGAACUACGCGGUGAGUGGUGCCAUCGAGGCGAUCGAGAAAGUCGAAGAGAUUGCAAAACCAGAAUUCAAAGCGAGAAUGGCCGUUCGAUUAGCGGUUGCCGGCGCGUUUCACACGGAUUUCAUGAAACCCGCGGUGGAAAAGUUAGAGAAACAGUUGGCGGAGACUCCCAUCAACGCGACGAGAAUACCGGUCAUUUCCAACGUCGACAUGCAACCACACACGGACGCGGAUUCGAUCAGAAGGACGUUAGCGACGCAAGUGACGAACCCGGUGAGAUGGGAAGGGUCCAUGCAAAAGUUGAUCGAGGAAGGUUUGGAAGGUGGCACGGAAGUUGGACCCGGGACAGUCAUCUCCGGCAUCAUCAAGAGAAUCGAUAAGAAGUUGCCGGUGGUGAAUUACACCGUUUAA